AUGGCAGAACUAUCUGAUGGCGUGGCUAUACGUACGAUCACAUUUUCACUCCUCUCCUCCCCUGGCCUUUUCUUCACCUUUCUAACUAUUCACUACAUCUACCGCUCCUACCUCUUCCCCUAUCUCCAGCCAAGCAUGUCCCCCGCCCACAUUGGCGUGGCCAUCUUCGCGCUCUCCUUCCAGAUAACAAAUGGCAUUGCAAUCGGCGGCUGGCUAGGCUCCUACGGCCCUACAACAUCCUCAAACUGGGCAAAGCACGACCUGAGUGUUUAUUUGGGAACAGCGAUAUGGGCGUUGGGUCUAGGGCUGAAUGUAUGGCACGACGACAUUCUGCGUUCAAUACGGCGCAGACGGGGCGUGGUGGAGAAAGGUAGUGGAGAGAAAGUGUAUGAGAUUCCCACGGGCGGUCUGUUUGAAUAUGUGUUCUUCCCGCACUACUUCACCGAGUGGGUGGAAUGGGCGGGCUGGUGGAUCGUGGGCGGAGUUGCGUGUCCGCCUGCGAGGAUAUUCUUGGUAAAUGAGAUUGCUACGAUGCUGCCGAGGGCAUUGCAGGGGAAGCGGUGGUACGUCAGUCGUUUCGGUGAGAAGAAAUGUGAGGGAAAGAAAGCUGUUGUGCCCGGACUGAUAUGA